AUGCCAUCUCCAGACUUGACUCAGAGACAAGAAACUGUACAAGGAAAACAAAAGAUAAAACGUGCACGCAUUAUCCCGCACAAACGGCGUCUUUUACCUGCGACGCCAUCACAAAAGACCAGGAUUCACAAAACCAUUAAUCCAAGCGCCAUACCAGCCAAAAUCCAACUCCGGCGUCCUGUCUUUUCGUCGUUGGAACCGAAUAACGAAGAAAAUGAAGAAAAAUAUGAUAUUGAUGAUAGAACUAUUCAGACAGUUGAAUUUGACUCCUCGCUAGCGCCACAGCCGUUUCUGGAGCCGGAGUUAGUGCAGAGAAGGAUUGCGGAAGAGAGGAAGAGAAAAGAAGAAGAUGAUGAUAAUAAUGAUGUUGAUGAUGACGACGACAAAAGGCAAGGCGAAUCCUCUCUCACUGCACAAUUGAGCACGGAGAGAGAGAAACGAAAGGCUUCCACCGACGCCGUCCCCUCGGCAAAAAAAAGCAACACAUCGCGGCCAUCCAAUUUAAACGACAUCAACAGCCCGCAUCCCAGCGCCCAACAAGCCGAACAAUUCGGCAUCGUGCUUCGCGAUUUCUAUCCUCCAGAAAUGAGCAACGCGCGCUGCGAAGCUUAUAACAACGGCACUUUGGAGCGGCCAAUAGAUACGCUGAACCGAGCCUACGAAGAAACAAAUGAAGUCCGUGGGAGUAUCAAUGGCAAGAAUGCUGCAGUCGUGCACUGGUUCAAGAAUGAUUUGAGAUUGAAGGACAACCGUGCUUUGAAAAUGGCAUAUGACCUUGCUCAAGCAAAUAAUGCUCCGCUAAUCUGCCUGUACAUCCUUUCACCGCAGGAUUUAACAGCACAUUUGGCUAGCCCGGCGCGCGUAGACUUCGUGCUUCGCAAUUUGAAGGUGCUGAAAAUAGAUCUCGAGAAACUCGAUAUCCCCCUGUACAUGGAGACGCAGGAAAAACGCCGGACUGUGCCUAAUAGAAUUCUCGAGUUGUGCGAGCAGUGGGGUGUUAAUCAUUUGUUUGCCAACAUUGAGUAUGAAGUUGACGAACUGCGAAGAGAGGCAAAGCUUGUGCGGCUCCUGGCCGAUAAGGGCAUUGUCUUUGAAACGGCCCAUGACUCUUGCGUUGUUACCCCCGGCGCUCUUCAGAGCCAGCAGGGUAAACAGUAUGCCGUGUUCUCGCCAUGGUACCGAUCGUGGAUGAAUUAUCUUCAUCAACAUGAGCAGAACCUGACUGUUCUAGAGGCGCCCGGCGCGAACUCUAGCAGCGCGCGCUCACAAUUCGCAGACCUUUUCGACAGCCAAGUGCCCGAUGCACCAGCGAACAAGCGUCUUGGGAAGGAAGAGAAACAGCGAUUCAGCAAAAUGUAUCCCGAAGGCGAGUCAGAGGCUAUGAGACGACUGGAUAGGUUUCUUAAAACAAAGGCAAACGACUACAACAAGGUGCGCAGCAUGGUUGAUAACGAAUAUACUUCCGUUCUCAGUCCGUAUCUGGCUGCCGGUGUUUUGAGUGCGAGGACGGCUGUUUCCAUUGCGAAAGAUGCCAAUGGUGGAUAUUUGGAUGGGAAGAAUGCUGGGCUUGCAUCGUGGAUUAGUGAGGUUGCCUGGCGGGAUUUCUACAAGCAUGUGCUAGUACACUGGCCAUUUAUUUGCACGAAAAGCAUGAAUAAAUGUUUCAAACCCGAAUUCACCAACGUCGAAUGGGAAUACGACUCGGAGAUCUUCACGCGCUGGACCGAAGGCCAAACCGGCGUCCCACUCGUCGACGCAGCCAUGCGCCAACUCAAACAUGACGCCUGGAUGCACAACCGCAAUCGCAUGGUUGUCUCCUCAUUCCUAUCCAAAGACCUCAUGAUCGACUGGCGACGCGGCGAGAGACAUUUCAUGGAGAAUCUGGUCGAUGGCGACUUUGCCUCUAAUCACGGUGGAUGGGGCUUUGGGUCGAGUACGGGUGUUGAUCCGCAGCCCUAUUUCCGGAUUUUCAAUCCGCUGCUGCAGAGUGAGAAGUCUGAUCCUAAUGGGGAGUAUAUUAGGAAAUGGGUGCCGGAGUUAAGGGACAUCAAGGACCGGAAGGCUAUCCAUGACCCCUAUAAUAGAGGUGCGGCAGCGGUUGCGCAGAAGGCUGGGUAUCCUAGGGCGAUUGUCGAGCAUGCUGCGAGUCGGGCGAGGGCGCUGCAGAGGUAUAAGGAGGGUAUUGCGCGGUAA